CGAUCCCGGGUCUCCAGGAUCGGGCCCUGGGCCAAAAGCAGGCGCCAAACCGCUGUGCCACCCAGGGAUCCCCGGGAGCAAAUAUCUUGACCUCUGUUUUGGACGUACCUUGCGGUGUCCAAUGCUUGUCUCUUAGCAGGCAAUGAGAAGCAUUUCCGGUCCGACUGGCAUUUGGGUGAAACUUAGCUAGAGGAGGUGGCCAAGUUGGAGAAGCACUUGAUGCUUCUCCGACAGGAGUAUGUCAAGCUGCAGAAGAAACUGGCAGAGACGGAGAAGAGAUGCACUCUCUUGGCUGCACAGGCAAACAAGGAGAACAGCAAUGAGUCCUUCAUCAGCCGCCUGCUGACCAUCGUGGCUGACUUGUAUGAGCAGGAGCAGUAUAGCGAUCUGAAGAUAAAGGUUGGAGGCCAGCACAUCCACGCACACAAGUUUGUCCUGGCAGCCCGCAGUGAUAGCUGGAGUCUGGCUGCUUUGUCUUCCACCGAGGAGCUGGACCUUUCAGAUGCUAACCCUGAGGUGACCAGGACGAUGCUCCGCUGGAUCUACACAGAUGAGCUGGAGUUCAGAGAAGAUGACGUAUUCCUGACUGAGCUGAUGAAGCUGGCUAAUCGGUUUCAGCUCCAGCUCCUCAGGGAGAGAUGUGAGAAGAGUGUUAUGUCUCUGGUGAACGUCAGGAACUGUAUUCGCUUCUAUCAGACCGCAGAGGAACUGAGUGCCAGCACUCUCAUGAACUAUUGUGCAGAAAUUAUUGCCAGUCACUGGGAUGACCUGCGCAAGGAGGACUUCAGUAGCAUGAGUGCUCAGCUGUUGUACAAAAUGAUCAAGUCCAAGACUGAGUACCCCUUACAUAAGGCGAUCAAAGUAGAGAGAGAGGAUGUGGUCUUCCUCUAUCUAAUUGAGAUGGACUCACAGCUCCCUGGGAAGCUGAAUGAAGUGGACCAUAAUGGAGACCUUGCUUUAGAUCUAGCACUGUCACGACGACUAGAGAGUAUUGCCACCACGCUGGUUAGCCACAAGGCUGAUGUGGACAUGGUAGACAAGAAUGGCUGGAGCUUACUCCAUAAAGGAAUCCAAAGAGGAGAUCUCUUUGCUGCCACCUUCCUCAUUAAGAAUGGGGCACUUGUCAAUGCUGCUACAUUGGGUGCCCAGGAGACACCGUUGCACCUUGUGGCAUUGUACAGUUCGAAGAAACACACAGCAGAUGUGAUGUCUGAGAUGGCACAGAUCGCAGAGGCUCUUCUGCAGGCCGGCGCCAAUCCCAACAUGCAGGACAGCAAGGGCAGGACUCCCUUACACCUGUGCAUCAUGGCCAGGAAUGAAUAUGUGUUCAGUCAAUUGCUGCAGUGCAAACGGCUAGAUUUAGAGCUGAAAGACCACGAGGGCAGCACUGCUCUGUGGCUUGCAGUGCAGUACGUCACCAUGUCUCCUGACCACUCAGUGAACCCCUUUGAAGACCUCCCGGUGGUGAAUGGGACUUCAUUUGAUGAAAACAGCUUUGCAGCCAGACUUAUCCAGCGGGGCAGCAACACCAAUGCCCCUGACACCGUAACAGGGAAUUGCCUACUGCAGCGGGCAGCUGAGGCGGGGAACGAGGCAGCUGCUCUUUUCCUGGCAACCAGCGGUGCCCACGUCAAUCACAGGAACAAGUGGGGAGAAACCCCGUUGCACACAGCCAGUCGGCACGGCCUGGCCAACCUCAGUGCAGAGCUCCUGCAGCAAGGCGCCAACCCGAACCUGCAGACCGAGGAGGCCCCACCUUUGCCACGGGAGGCCGUGUCCUCUGCCAGCUCAGUGGAUGGUGUCUAUCUACAGACGCCGCUGCACAUGGCCAUCGCCUAUGAUCACCCAGAUGUGGUGUCUGUCAUCCUGGAGCAGAAAGCUAAUGCUCUUCAUGCCACCAACAACUUGCAAAUCAUUCCGGACUUCAGCCUCAAGGACUCCCGAGAUCAGACGGUGCUGGGCCUGGCAUUAUGGACUGGCAUGCACACAAUCGCAGCACAGCUGCUGGGCUCCGGGGCUUGCAUCAAUGAUACCAUGUCGGACGGGCAGACCCUGCUGCACAUGGCCAUGCAGCGGCAGGACAGCAAGAGCGCGCUCUUCCUCCUGGAGCACCAGGCAGAUAUCAACGUGAGGACUCAGGAUGGGGAGACAGCCCUUCAGCUGGCCAUCAGGAACCAGCUUCCGCUCGUAGUGGAUGCCAUAUGCACCCGAGGAGCAGACAUGUCUGUGCCGGAUGAGAAGGGGAACCCCCCGUUGUGGCUCGCCUUGGCAAACAACCUGGAGGACAUUGCAUCCACCCUGGUCCGACAUGGUUGUGAUGCCACGUUCUGGGGCCCGGGGCCCAGUGGGUGUCUGCAGACGCUCCUGCACAGGGCCAUCGAUGAAAACAAUGAGUCUACCGCCUGCUUUCUUAUUCGCAGUGGCUGCGACGUGAACAGUCCCAGGCAACCUGGUGCUAAUGGAGAAGGGGAGGAGGAGGCCAGAGAUGGGCAGACCCCCUUGCAUUUGGCAGCCUCCUGGGGGCUGGAAGAGACGGUACAGUGUCUUCUGGAAUUUGGUGCCAAUGUCAACACGCAGGAUGCAGAAGGAAGAGCACCGGUCCACGUGGCCAUCAGCAACCAGCACAGUGUCAUCAUUCAGUUGUUGAUCUCCCACCCUGGAAUCCACUUGAGUGUCCGCGACAGACAGGGCCUGACCCCUUUUGCCUGUGCCAUGACGUACAAGAACAACCGAGCAGCGGAGGCCAUCCUCCAGCGGGAGUCUGGGGCUGCUGAGCAGGUGGAUAACAAGGGCCGGAAUUUCCUUCACGUGGCGGUUCAGAACUCUGAUAUCGAGAGUGUCCUGUUCCUGAUUAGCGUCCAGGCUAACGUGAAUUCCAGAGUCCAAGAUGCCUCCAAGCUUACCCCUUUGCACCUUGCCGUCCAGGCGGGCUCAGAGAUCAUUGUCCGCAACUUGCUUCUUGCAGGAGCCAAAGUGAACGAAUUAACCAAGCAUCGCCAAACCGCCCUCCAUCUCGCUGCCCAGCAGGACCUGCCCACCAUCUGCUCUGUCCUCCUGGAGAAUGCAGUGGACUUUGCAGCUCUGGAUGAGAAUGGAAAUAAUGCUCUUCAUCUUGCCGUCAUGCAUGGUCGGCUCAGCAACAUCCGGGUCCUCCUGACUGAGUGCACCGUGGACGCCGAGGCCUUCAACCUGCGAGGCCAGUCGCCGCUGCACAUCCUUGGACAGUAUGGCAAAGAGAACGCGGCCACCAUCUUCGAGCUGUUCCUGGAGUGCAUGCCUGAGUACCCUCUGGACAAACCGGAUGCAGAAGGAAACACAGUGCUGCUAUUGGCCUACAUGAAAGGGAACGCCAACUUGUGCCGCGCCGUCGUCCGUGCUGGGGCUCGCCUCGGGGUCAACAAUAACCAGGGAGUCAACAUUUUCAAUUACCAGGUGGCCACCAAGCAGCUUCUGUUUAGAUUGUUAGAUAUGCUGUCCAAGGAGCCUCCGUGGUGCGACGGGUCUACCUGCUAUGAGUGCGCCGCCAAGUUUGGAGUCACAACUCGCAAACAUCACUGCCGCCACUGCGGACGCCUCCUGUGCCAUAAAUGCUCAACCAAGGAGAUUCCUAUCAUAAAGUUUGAUCUCAACAAGCCCGUGCGCGUCUGCAACAUUUGCUUUGAUGUCCUGACUCUGGGGGGUGUCUCCUAGGGAGACCCCAGGCCAUACCCGGUCACCUCCCUGGCAGCUGCUCUGCUCACCAGCCUGACCACCCAGAGCAGGGCGUGGCUUUCUGGUCUUCCUACGGAACAGACUGCACAAUGAAGGACCCAGUUGUCAUCCACCCCAUUUCGAAGAUUCUGUUGGGUUGUCCAUGUGUCCGUGAUCGAGGUCACUGGAUGACGCCGAGGACCAGGCCGAGUGGCCCCAGUGGCACCUGUCACAGGAAUUGUACCCCAUUCUGUUUGGAACAUACGAAGACACUCGGAAAACCAUUCCCCUCCCAGUAGCUUAGUGUCCAUGUGGAGCACCCCUGCACCUCCUGCACGGACAGCGGGCUGGCAGGGCCCCCACAGGGGUAAGAGCUGCCGUCACUCUAGGGUAAGUGGCUGUGGACUUGUGUGCACAGUGUUUUCAUAAACAAUACAGGAUCCUCUUGCCCGAAGUCUUUUUUUUUUUUUUUUAAACCUAAGCUGAUAUUUUUAGUGAGUUAUCCCUUUAAAAAUGGUAAAAUCUUUCUAAACAGGGUUCAAAGAUGAGAGCUGAAAAAUCGUGGCCUUAACAACCGAAAGCUUUACCAGUACUCACGCUCUUGGGUGUUGGGAGCGUGGUCUCGUUCUCUCGUCUGGCCGUGUCCUGUCCGCUGAGGCCUUGGUCACGAGGUGUGCUGGCCGGGAUGCACUUUGAUCACGCUGCAUUUUUUAUGUAGCCGUGUUGUGGGUGAUUACAAUUUACAAAUCCAUGUUCAGAAAUAGCCUUGCACAUCCACGCAUUAGGGACUAACGAUCAGCGCUGAUCCGACCUUAGUGCACACACAGUCUGUGGGAAACCGUCCUGCAGGCGUCCCUGUGACCAAGAGGGUGACCUGGGCCCCACAGCGGGGACGGUGUCGCCCGGCCUCAGGCUGGCAGGUGCAGGUCCCCCCAGUUGUGCGCAGCCUGCCUGGAACACGCAGGCUCAUCUGCGGAAUGUGGCUGCGGAGCUUCCUGGGCCUUCGUCACUGCUACUGCGUAUGCUCACCCUGCGGCACCAAACUUCUCCUUCCGAAGGUUUGGCCAGUUUUUUACAAGUGUACAUUACAGAGAAACUCGUACCACUGCUUUAAGCAAAGAACUCUGAGACGAGCAUUUGUGUUGACGUGUGUUCUCAGAGCCUAACAAGGUCAACCAUGCAGACCUUUAACAACCACUACAUUCAUUGUUUUGCAUUAAUGGGUGUGGGUAUCUGUCAAGGGACUCAAUAUUUUUUUGCCACAGCCUGUUUUUAGGUUUUUUUUUUCUGGGUAGCAGUGUGUCCCCUCUGUUGCUGUGGAUUUAUAAUCCUGCUGCCUAAAUGUGUGUAAGAUGAGCUGAUAAACCAGAGUGCUACUUUUUAAUAUUUCUGUGAUUAUGAGAUAUAUAUGCUUUCUAUGUUAAUAUGAACUUGUGCACAGUGUUUAAAAGAAAAAGUUAAUUAGAACUGUUCCCGUCCCCUAAAUCUGUGAUAUGUUUCUAUAGAAUUUUUAGAGAAACGACCAGUCUUGGCGGUUGCCCAGGCAAGGCCUGUGGUCAGCUUGCAUUUUCUGGUGCCGAGCAGGGCCACAGGGAGGUAGUUGGGCUCUUCUUCAGUUGGAAAGGACAGUCAUUAUGCUCCAGAUGAAGUUCAAGGCAGCCAGUACUUUUGUACUUGCUCUUGUCACGUUUGUGGUGGAGAGCAGAGGAUGGCGGGACAGUCGGGGACGAGGCUGAUUGUGCUGUCCACCUUGCCGUUAUCGUUGUUAGUCGUGCCUCCAUGCCCUUCAUGUCUACGGUCCUGCUUCUGAUAGUCGAGUCCAGCUUCUGUUUCCUCAGAGAGUCCAGGCGGCUGUGGAGCCGAGUAGCCGUGGGGCGGGAGCGCCUUGUGUGAGUUCUGUGCCAGCGUCAAGUGUGUCUGCAUACGUGUGGAUGGGGCACCUUCCGGGGUUUCAGGGUGCCCGCUGGGCUGCAUGCAGCAGGUUCUGUGGCCAUCGCCGCGGCCCCCAUCACUGCCCUGCUUGGGACCUGACGCUAGAGAACUGCCGCUGUUCUUGAGAUAGGUGAAUCGUAGCUUGAGUCCAAGGAGCAGAAUGUCAGUUUGAUUCAAAGUUGCCAGUUGUGAGUCCAGUGGGAAGAACACUGCUGAUGCCAAGUCUGUGCUCCCUGCCUCCUGCUCAUCACCAGGCUGACUGCACAGUGCGCUCCUGUGGCCUCUUCCACGCACCCGUGCAUGUCGGGUGGCUGACCACCCCUGCUUUGAUCCUCUAAUGCGGGAAUUCCCACCCAACUUAAGUGCCUACACUAGGACUUUUUAGUUCUGAUUUUUAGUGCUGUCUCGUCGAGCAAUGUGUCAGACGGAGCGUUGCACGGGGCGUUUGCUGCCUGUGCGCCGCCCACCCAGCCCCCGCGUGGUCCAGGCCAGACGGGACCGCAUAGCUUGCUUGCCACCCACUCUCCAGAGUGGGGUCCCCGUGCCACUCGCCGUCUACCUCAGCCCCAGGUCACUGUGGCCGCCCCCGCAUGGAGCCCUCUGCCCCCCGCCUAUCCCACUGACCUUAUCCUGAGCUGACCUUGUCUGCGGGCUGAAGUGCAGGGAGGCCUGGAGGACCAUGCAGUGCUUAGACCUGCAGGCACCCUGAUCCCUGGACAGGAGCGCGCACAGCCGAGUGUGAUGCGGUCACGACAGCUGCUGAAGGAGCUCCUGAACACGAGCGUCUGUCUGGAACUGGGAUGGCUGCCUCGGGACAAGCCCUGGAGAAGCGUGCAUGGCCCUAACCUGAGGUGCCCUAGCCGUGGAGAGGAGGCGCAGGAAGCCACAGGCUCAGUGUAGUUUAAUGCGGGAACUCAGGAGGAGCCAGUGAGCAGCGCUUGAUGGGAUACAAACAACACUGAAGCCCUGGGAGCUGGCACAGAUGCCUUAAGGACUCUUCGGAGGAACCAUCCCCGCCUGCGCAGUUCCCUUUGUGGCUAAGUGACAUGCUAACCUGUCACACACAACAGCAGUGCUUUUCUGUAGUGACGAGUAUCCAGGUGGCCCCUGGACAUCAAGAUGCAUCCUGUUUUGGCUGAGGUGUGCCGCUGGCUGUCCCCGUGACAGCUUUGUGAGUGGGGGAGGGCGGUGGUGAGGCAGGACUUGGAGGCCACAUCUGGGACUACCCCUGGGCCCGCAGGAUGGGCAGCAGCCUCAUGGGUGGGCCCAGGACAUGGGGAGUCCAUGUCUGGAAUGUAUUUCUCCAUUUUCUGUAACAACUCCUUAUGAUACAAUGAGGUAACAUUGUGCACUUAAAGUGGAAACUUUAAUAAGACCUUUGUAGUUACUUUUUAACGCAGAAGAACAAGACACAUUAAAAACAGAUUUUUAACUCCUGA